AUGGAAACAGUCAUAACAGUCAUUGAAUAAUAAAAAUUAAAAUAUAUUUACUUUUUAUUAAAAAAUAGUAAAAAAAAUAAUUAUAAAUAUAGUGUAAAAAUAUGAUAAAAUUCUCUAGAGUUUGAUAUUAACUAUUAUUUCUACACAAAAAAUUUAUUUUUAUAUCUACACGUCAUUCAGACAAAAUGUUUGAAGUUACUGAUAUGCAAAAAAUCGGUGUUGGACUCACAGGAUUCGGUUUGCUUUUUCUCUUCUUAGGAGUAAUACUAUUGUUUGAUAAAGGUCUUCUUGCAAUAGGCAAUAUUUUAUUCAUUUGUGGAUUAGGAUGCGUAAUUGGUUUGGAAAGGACUUUUAGGUUUUUCUUUCAAAAACACAAGAUUAAAGCAUCAGUGGCGUUUCUAGGUGGUAUAAUUGUUGUUUUGUGUGGAUUUCCACUCAUAGGAAUGAUUAUUGAAUCUUAUGGGUUUUUUUUAUUGUUCAGCGGAUUUUUUCCUGUAGCAAUCAAUUUUUUACGCAGAGUACCAAUUAUCGGAAGCAUUUUAAAUUUCCCUGUUAUUGAUAAUAUGGUUACUAAGUUAAUUGGAGACAGUGAACGAACAAGAGUGUAAUUUAAUAAAUCAAAUUAAAUAAAUGAA